AAUGUGGCGAUAAUGCAAGUCACAUUCACGUCCUUGUUUUCAACAUAAACGCAGAAUAGUUUAUCUGAGAUAGUUACCAAGCUCCUCCUGUUGUUAUUAUUGGUCGUGGGCUACAGGAAGUUUGCGUACCAAAGGGUAGGAAGGGGAACUUUGCAGGCAUUUUAUUUAUGGAUCCGAGAAUGCACCUGUAACGCAUCACCUGCGACGAGGUACAGUACAAUUUACGUAUGUCGAGUUUUGCUAAAUUGAUGGAUUAAAGAAAGAAAGUUCUUCCCAGAAUGAAAAGACAAAUCCGACCAGAGAUAUUUAAGAUGUUUGCGGAUAACCGGUUUCCAAACAAUUUAGUAUCCAAAGAGAGGGGGGAAGUGAGUUCGCGAGGACUCUUACAGCCGUAUGCACUUUAUCUUUGCCUUUAGGCCUGUGCAUGGAUAAAAACAAUGCGCCUUCUUCUACUGUGAUCUAAAGGUUUUAUUACUCCCUUCUCAACGAUAUGCAAUAAAGUAGGGAUUUAUCUUACGGUCCAGGGCAAGGCUGUAAAUUAGACUAUUACGCAAUCUCUGUCUCUUUCGUAGCAACAUCCUAUUACCGGACUGAGAACCUUGAUCGACGCGGUUCUUUACUUAAAUUAAACAUGUAUUUUCGACAACAGAAGAGAAAUGCAGUGCCCGCAAAAGUCACUGACGCCUCUGUGAACAAUGAACAAUAAGGCCUCCCCUGCCUUUUUUGCAUAAAAUGAAAAUUCAGAUAUUACACAGUUGUAUUUACAGGAAGCUACGAGGAGGUCAAGGGACUAGGGCAGAUGACGGCACUGAAAUCAAACCGAGUGAUCAUUUUUCUUAUUCAUAAAACUGAGGAUCUUUUGUAGACUGCUUUUGUAAGACGCUCUUGUUAAAUUCUUGUUACUUGGUUCUUGCUACCACAUUGAAGUAACUUUCCUCAUCCACCCGUAUAUGUAUUACCAUCACAUGAAAAUGAAUGAGUCAGGGAUUUUUAACUGCUACGAAGGAAAUCUUAUCAGCAAAACUGGCAAUAAUUCCUGGGAUGUCGAGGAUUGGUCUGCCCAAAGUCCUCAAACUACGAGCAACGCAAAUCUGGACAGUUCUUUUGGAGAGUGGAAUGCCUUCGAAGAGGAUCACCGACUCUGCACUUCGCCUGCAUUCAUUUUCCAAAAACAUUCGACUAAGAUGGAAACUUCGCAACAUUCAACAAGGGCGCAAGAAAAGGUUCCUGAAUGGCCAAGACCCUUGCAGGUUUUCCAUGAUUAUUUCCCAGUGGUGAACACAUCAGAGGAUUCUGCCACUACUGACGCCAGACCCCUGUCACAAAUGUUGGAAAAAAUGUCAGAAACCCUUACAUCAAGCUCUCCUGUGAUAUGUGAUGCUGCCGCCCUGUGGAGGUGUCUGUUAAAGGAACCCAGCGGACUGAGGCUGGCUGAGCCCAGUCCCUGCCCCCACUCUCUUCAAUGCCUGCUCUCCGCUCUCAGAAUUGCACCUGAAAAUGUCGACUUGCACCAGCAGACCGCGCCUCCCGCGGAGACGGACCCCGAGGAAGCCAGCGGGGAGCCGGCGAGCCCCCCCGCGAGGCCGCUGAUCCAAACCAAGCUGCUGGCGCCCCCCUGGUGCCAGGACGGCCCGAGCUUCCUCUACCAGGUCUCCAUUCAGUGGCUCUCCCAGCACAACCUACAUCUGCAGAGGCACAGCCCCAAAAAAGAGAAAGGCCUCUUCUUCUGAGGUCCGUCCCAGAGCGGCGAGGCACGGAAAAAAAUUCCAGCACUGUAAACGAGAAGACUUCGUUUGAGGCAAAAUGGAAACAGCUGAUCUUGUGUUACACAUGCUCUCUCUGCCGGCGCAUGCACUGUUUUUUCCACUGCUUGUGUGCAUUCGUUCGGUAUUCUUUUACCAGUUAGAGGUGACUUUAAAGACAUGCAAGGAAGAAGCCUGCAUAUCCAUACCAAGCAGUUGUGGAACCCUCAGAGCAGGGUUAAGUGCUGUCACUCAAGUGCAGACAGAAAGGGCCUUUGUGCGAGGGCCUCUGGCUUUCCAGAUGUGGGCUGUGUCUCUAAUUAAGACACAGUCGGUUUGUUGUGAGGAGUCUUCCCAACCAGAUUUCUGUGAUAUCGCUGCUCCUCUAUACUUGUCACACAUAUUUUCGUUUAAGUUGCCAAAUGGAGAGUUUAGUUUUACUACGACAUACGAGGAUGAAUAGGACUUGAGUGUUUUAUUCAUUUGCAGGAGCUGGCGAACCUUUUGCUCUUGAGAACAGAACAACAGCUUCAAGUAACAAAAUAUUGCUUAUGAAAGUCCUGUGUUUGUGGAUGUAACAUUGCAAUAGCAAAGGAGCAUAUGUUGAAGGUGCAAAUUUCAUUUAAUGUUUUUUUUUUUUUUAAAUCGAGAUUUUUACUUGACUAAUUUUGCAUGGUUUACCUGCGUUUAUAAGCAGAGCCUCCAAACCUCCUUGUCAGAUCUUUCACGGAAGGCAGCGCUUUCUUCGUUUCCAGACAUUCUUCCCUGAUGUCGAAGUCCUUUAAAAAGUGGGAAAGAAAAAAAAAACUAGCCUCCUC